CUAUAUCUACCAAGAUGUACAAUAUGUCGACACUGUCGCGGCCAACGCAUCCAACGAUUCCAGCUAUUCCCAAGUCAACAUCGAUAUCAUCACAACUCUAAUAUAAUGCACAUGUCCGAGCCUUUCCUUCUCUUCCUCCUACACCCACGAUGUGUUACGCUCAAGGCUCCAUCGACCUCGUCGUCAGUGUUUGCCCUAUGUGCAAGGUCUUCCCUCACCAGCGCUGUCCCCACACCCGGGAUGUCUGUCGCAACCGAAGCGCCCAUCCUCGGUUCGACGUCUCCUUCUUGAAGAACGCUGAAGUGGAGACGUUCAAUGGAUGUGGGUAUUGCAAGUGGGCUGCCAAGAAUCCGCCGCCCAAAGCUGCUGGAAACUUCAACAUGGGCUGGCCUGGAUGCUGUCGUGCGCCCACAGGUGCCAGCGAGUAUGCCUUGAUCCCCGCUGCGGACUGGCGAUCAGUCAACAAAGUCCACAACAUUCCCAUCCCGGCUGAUGUGAAAGCGACGAUAGAGAGCGUCUCUCCGCGCAGCAGCCCAGGGAGUCCGGCUUCUUCGGCACGGUCAUCGACCAAGUCUUCUUCGAUCGCGUCUGGUGACCGGAGAAACAGCUCAUCGGGGAGAUCCGGGGUGCCGCCGGGAGUCGCUAGCAAAGGACGCUCGAGCAACUCCAGCAGCCCGAAACUCAUUGCUUCGUCGAUCGCGAGCAACAGCUCGCGCGGCAACGCUGGAGAGCUGCCGGAGCACGGAUUGAAGCGGCGGGAGGAUCCCGACAAGACGCGCGGGGGCUCCCCAAUUCGCCGACACACAACCGACGUGGAGCCAUCAUCGGGGACCCCUCGCCGCAACUCAUCGGCGCGAGCGUCUUCGUCUGCCGCCGAAGUGGAUGCGCGGCGGAAUGGAUCGCAAAGCACUUCUAGCAAGGUUUCGGGCUCAAACAUCCGGCCUGCUGGCAGCGAUCUGCCGCGCAAGAAGCUGGACCCCGAGACGUCUUCUAGCAGCAGUGGCAGUGAUAGCUUGGGAUCGUACUCGUCGGAAAGCACCAUCACUUCCGAUGGUGGAUUUACGGAUUACUUGUCCGACGAGUCGGAGGCAGAGCUGCAACGGCAGGCAGAGGCCAAGGCUGCCCUUCUGGCUCAGAACGAGGCGGAGGAGCUUGAGUUCCGCGCAGCUCGGCAGGCACUGGCCAAUGUCACUCUGCGACCGCCUCGAGCGUGGAAUGCAGCGGAGAAUGCACGGAUGGUUCCGUCGACUCGCGGCUGAAACGUGUUAUUUACAAGCCAUAGUGUAUAUAUGCAAUCAUCUACUUAUCUUUGGGUUACUGGACGCGUGCGCCCAACGUGUGGCUAGUUGGGGGGCAACGCGUACAGCGCUUGGACGCGUGUGUCACAACGUUACACCCAGCUGCCCAAAACAGGCAGCAUCGCGGGUUAAACUGAACUCUCUCGCCGACACCCAGAGGCGGACCUCGCACGAUGAACUUGGGGAGGACCACUGUAUCGUCCUCGACGGCUGUCAACGUCUUUGAUGCUCGUUUCGAUCCCGACUGCAAGAUAUUCACGGCAACUACGCCCGCCGGAUUCGCAGUCUAUCGCACAUGUCCCUUGACGCUACUUCGUAAACGUGAGCUUUCCGGUGGCACACUCGCGGCGGCCGUGCCGCUCCACACAUCCUCAAUCCUCUUCCUGCUCGGUGGCGGCCGCAGUCCUCUCUAUCCUCCAAACAAGGUCGUGUUCUGGGACGAUGUCCUGGGGACCGAGGUCGCGGAGCUCGAGUUCCGCGAACGCGUCCGGGGACUGGCCUGUCGGCGCGGCUGGCUCGCAGUCGCGCUCCGGCGGCGGGUCGUGCUAUUCGAGCUCGGGGAGCAGGUCACACGAUACGGCGAAUGGGAUACGUGGGAUAAUCCAAGAGGUCUGCUCGCGCUCGCUUCCGGCACUUACGCCACGCUGCUUGCGAUCCCGGGACGUAAGCUGGGGCAUGUGCAGCUGAUACACCUUCCACCCUGCAUAGCCCCCACGCCUCUGGGACCCCCCUCAUCAGCACCCCCGCGGAAACCGCCGCCGCCGCCGAGCAAACACCCGAUCUCCAUCAUCGCGGCACACGAGUCCGCGCUGACAACGCUAUCUGUCCCUCCGUCCGGCCGCCUGCUCGCAACGACCUCAUCGCGGGGCACGCUCGUCCGGGUGUGGGAUGCAGUCACGGGCAAGCCUGUGCGCGAGUUCCGGCGCGGGGCCGAUAAAGCAGACAUCUUCGGUGUCGCCUUUCGGCCGGACGAGCGCGAGCUGUGCGUUUGGAGCGACAAGGGCACCGUGCAUGUGUUUAAUCUCGUCGUCUCGGGUGCCGCCAACCGCCAGUCGACACUUUCGCCACUGAAGCCAUUUAUCCCGCUCCCCAAAUACUUUGAGUCCGAAUGGUCCUAUGCGCAAUACAGCAUACCCGUGCAGUCCUCACAUAUCUCGCUGUCCCAGACGUCAAUAAGAACGCCGGUGGCAGAGGUGGACGAGGAACGAUGUGUCGUGGGAUGGAUCGAGCAGCCCAGGACACCAGAUGACGGGGCUGUCGAACACCAGCUGGUGGCGCUGACAUACGCGGGCGGGUGGUACCGGCUGUCGCUGCCCAAGGCUGUGUCCCAAGCACGGAACAGCCCGCCCCGCAAGGAGAAGGAAGGCGAGAAGCAGAGCAGGAAAUGCGUGCUGGAAGAGUACCGGCGGUUCGGACGGUGGGAUGGUUGGGGCUAG